AAAAGACGUUGGUUCAUAAAAGAGGAAAGAAGUAAGAAUAUGCGAUGCAAAAGCAAGAAUAAUAAAACAGGGAACGUAUAAAGAAAAAAGUAUAUAAAAAAAAGAAGCACUCGUCAGCUUUCGAAGUUGUGCAUAGUGAAAAUCUGCUUUACUGUACCAUCCAUUCUCUUCGACACCGCAACACCAACUUUACGUUUUCUUGCUGUUGCUUUAAAGCAAACAUCCAAAGAUUGGCCAAUACAACAAUAAAACCCACAAGUUCUUGCACAAAAAAAAAGAAGGUUUUUGAGACUUCCCAUUUAGCGAUUCUGUAAGAAACCAGUCCUCCUCCACAUUAGAGAGCCAAAGGGAUGGAGAGAAAGGUUUUGGUGGUGUGUUCUGUUGUGGGUUUAUUGGGAAUUUUAUCAGCUGUUACUGGGUUUGUUGCUGAAGCUACACGAAUCAAGGGCUCUCAGGUUCAGUUUAUCUCUACAUCUGAAUGUGCAUAUCCGCGAAGUCCAGCAAUGGGUCUUGGUUUAACUGCUGCGAUUUCUCUGUUGAUUGCACAACUAAUUGUAAAUGUUUCUAGUGGUUGCAUUUGUUGCAGAAGAAGUCCCAAUCCUUCCAAUCCUAAUUGGAAAAUAGCACUCUUGAGCUUUGUUAUUUCAUGGUUCAGUUUCGUAAUUGCCUUCUUGUUAUUGCUGACUGGUGCUGCCCUUAACGAUCAGCACGGUGGAGGAACUAUGUACUUCGGUAAUUAUUACUAUUACUGCUAUGUCGUGAAACCUGGAGUCUUUGCUGGAGGCGCCAUUCUGUCACUUGCAAGUGUUUUAUUGGCAAUAGUCUAUUACCUCACUUUGAAUUUGGCAAAAACCAAUAGCCCUUUGUGGGGGAAUCCUGUUCCAGCUCAAGGCAUUGCUUUGGGGCAGCCUCCAUUUCCCCCACAAAACACUCAGCAACCCGUUUUCGUUCACGAAGACACAUACGCACGACGACAGUAUGCGUGAUUCAUAACCGGUCUCCAAGCAACUUUUGUGAGUUGGUGAGCUUGUGAAGACACGAAGAAGUACUUAGAGAGUGGACACUUUAGAAGGAUAUGGAAAUUUGUUGCUUCUCUGCAUUUGGCUGUGUAGGUAAGCUGAGGGAUGUUGUAUAGUAAGAUUAUCAUCAAACAAAACAUGUAGUAUUUAUGUGAAAAAGGAAUGUAUUUGGGACUCUGUUUUUGUUUUA